CAAUAAAACAUAAGGUGUUAAAAAUAAGAAAUCCCCAACCUCCCUUUGAUAUCUCUAUUGAUCAUACGCCUGAAACAAACAAACCCCAAAAAUCCGGCGACAAUUAACCCUAACAAUGGAGGACGACGACUCUUCAUCACUCCAAACCAACCCUCUCGAUGUCGGAAAAUCGCUUCACGGGUGCAUUCACUAUCGGAGACGCUGCAAAAUUCGUGCUCCAUGUUGCAAUCAGAUAUUCACAUGCCGCCACUGUCACAACGAAUACACGAAUGCGUUGGCAAACCCUAAGGAACGUCAUGAGAUCGUUCGACACGAUAUUAAGCAAGUUAUUUGUGCGAUUUGCAAUACUGAACAGCAGGUUGCUCAAAUAUGUACUAACUGUGGAGUGAAAAUGGGGGAAUAUUUCUGCGGAAUUUGCAAGUUCUAUGAUGAUGAUAUUUCAAAGGAACAGUUUCACUGCAAUGAUUGUGGGAUUUGUAGAGUAGGUGGUAGUACGAAUUUCUUCCAUUGCGAAAAGUGCGGAUCAUGCUUUGAUGUAAUUUUGCGUGGUAAUCACACAUGCGUCGGAAACUCUAUGAAAAACCACUGCCCUAUAUGUUACGAGUUUCUUUUUGACACGAUCAAGGCCUCAACGAUCAUGGUUUGUGGACAUGCCAUUCAUCUGGAUUGCUCCAGGGAGUUGAUCCGCCAGGAUCAAUACCGUUGUCCCAUAUGCUCAAAAUCAUUGUCUAGUAUGUCCUGUACAUGGCAAAGAUUAGACCAAGAAAUUGAAGCUACUGUCAUGCCUGAAGAAUACCGAUACGAGAUUCAUAUCUUGUGCAACGACUGUCACAAUACGAGCAAAGCAUUCUUCCACAUUUUUGGCCACAAGUGUGGUCAUUGUAAAUCUUACAAUACGCGAAGGAUUGGAACUACAGACGACUCGUUGGAGAGACGUACUUAAACAACAUGUUCCGAUUAUUUUUGACAAUUUUUUUUGCAAAUCCAAAUAGACAUGGUUGUUAUUGAAUCUAAUCAACACAAUUGAAAAUAAUGUUUGGAUGUGUUUUUACUAUCUAAAGUUGAGAUAAUUAGUUUGAUUAUUUCUAUU